AUGAAUGAUAUACCUCUGCAAGAAACACAGCCUUCUCACCUGGUGGUUGCACAAAGCGCCACUCAAUUGAGUUGCGAAGAGAAAGACUCUAUUAUCAUCAACAUUGACAAUGUCCAUCCCAUCGAUAUGGACAAUCCUCCCAAUCCACUCGUUCCAUCAUGUUCUACUUCUUCGUCGUCGUCCUCUUCAACACUGGAGCAACAACAACAACCUCAACAACCACCCAUAACUCCACCUCGAGAAUCCAUUGGAGGCCUCAGCUCCCUCAACAGACAACAACAAUACUUCUUUUCACGGGAUCAACAAUGUUUCAUGGAAUGGAAAAACAUUUCAUAUCCAAGCAUGAAAAAACCCUUACUUGAUAACUUGUCAGGUUUCGCAGUGCCAGGAAAGAUCACAGCCCUAGUGGGUCCAGCUGGCUCCGGUAAAAGCAUGUUACUACGAGUCUUGUCUCGGAGAGGACCUUUCAAACUGCACGAUGGUUCCAUCUUGUUGAAUGGACAAGUCAUUCAAGACAAGUUACGCGAUGGUCUGAAAACAGAAACCAACGUGUAUCGUUCGCUCGUGUCCUUCGUGGCCAAAGAUUACAACUUGUCGGAUUUGAAUCUCACCGUGAGAGAAACCUUACUCUAUGCACUACGAUUCAAAGUACCUGCAUCCACUAGUAGUAGUAGUCGUUGUACGGGAGAGAAUGUAUUGUGGUCGAAUCGGGAAGAUCGAUUACUCAUGUUAUUGAAAAAUUAUCGACUUGAAUCCAAGCAACAUGUGAUGUGUUCGGCCCUUUCGAGUGGUGAACGCAAGAGACUCACGAUUGCUGUGCAGAAUGUGAAUUUUCAUCGGGUCGUCAUGUUGGAAGAUCCCACCGAUGGGAUGGAAUACGGAGAGGCUUUGAUGAUGAUGAAAACGAUCAAGGUAAUGGCUCAGAUGGGAAUGGCUGUGAUUUUGUCAGUUCAUAAACCGUCAUGGAAGGAGUUGGAAUUGUUUGAUUAUGUUUCAAUAUUGGAUCGGGGAAGACAAAUUUACUUUGGAAGUCCACAUCGGAUUGAGUAUUACUUUAAUCAUGUCGUUGGAAUUGAAUUGAAUGAUUUUAAAUCUCAUCAUCAUCAUCAUGAGGAUGAAGAUGAGGCCUGUACCUUAAUUAAGGAUGAUGAAGAAAAAAAUUACAACCGCUCUCAUCAUGGCAAAGGCCUCUAUCAUAAUAGUUUGGAAAAUCUGCUGCAAGUAUUGUUCGUACAUGAACUUUGUAAGAAUGCCCAUGAUUUUAGUGCUGAGAAAAAUCUGCCGAUCAAACAAAUGAUUGAGUCGAAUCAUAUGGAUGCCAUCAUUAUGGAAAAACGAGAUCAUUUAGCUGAGGAAUUUGAAAAGAGAUUUUCCGAUGAAUAUAUUCCUCAAAAAACGUUGGAAGAAAAACCCUUUGUGGACAAUCAUCUCACGAAUAUUCACACUGAAAAGUAUCUCACUAAUUAUUGGCUCUCAAUUAUUUAUCUCAUCACGAGGUUAUUCAUUGUGAAGAAGAGAAAUUGGAAAACGGAAUUUGUGGCACCAUUCAUUGAAAAGACUCUGAUUGGCAUUGGAAUUGGUUUAUUGUACUUGCAAGUGGACGCUCCCAACAUGGCCAUGCGUGCUCGUGUAUUUGCCUUCCUUAAUUACAAUCUGUCACUCACGUUUGGUGUGGCUAUUCGAGUCCUAAUUCAACAAAUCCCAACAUUAAUGCAAGAACGAACCAAUUCUUCCUCAUAUAGAAUCAGUGCCUUUUUCAUUGCCAAAACCGUUGAAGAUUUAUUUGACUUUACUGUGUAUCCAUUCAUCUUUGGCUUGGUGGUAUAUUUCAUGACUGGAAUGAGUAUGGAUGCUGGCAAAUUUUUCACCUUUUCAGCCUGCUUUAUUGUGUAUAAUUGGGCAUGUAUGGCAUUGGCUCAAGCCUUGGUGUGCUUGUUCCCAUUUCCUUUUAUAUUGGGAUGGUUGUGUGUUGUGGUGAAUAUUUACUUUAUUUUAGUGUCGGGCGCGUAUGGACAGACCAUGCUACCCAGUGGAUUGCAAUGGACCAGUUAUCUUUCAUACUUGUAUUAUGGUUUUCGUUCAAUGGCCAUCAAUGAAUUUGCUGGAGUGAUCAUUCCAGUACAGAACGGAACAGUGCUACCUCCAACGUAUUUCACGAAUGGAACCUAUUUUUUGAAAAGAGCAUACAAUAUUGAAGAAAGAUGGUAUAUGAGUUGGGUAUAUAUUGCAGUAUUAGUGGGAUACUUUUUGAUAUGUAAAUAUGCUGGAUAUCUUGGAUUGAAAUAUAUUUAUGGAAGAAAGAGUCCAAAGAGAAUUGUUGUGAAAUUGUUACGAUGUUGUGGCAAGUGCAAAUAA